UUGCGUUUAUUGAAUAAAACCAGAGCCUGUGUUCUAGGUUUCGUUAGAGAAUACGCUCCGGCAGUAUCAAACGAAACAGCAACCAAUAAAGUUCGGUUUUGUGAACCAAUCCCGCAACCUACCACAAUCCGAGACAAUGCGUGUGGCAAUUGUUCUAUUUGCGAUCCUGGCGGUAGUGUGCGCCAUACCGGCGGAAAAGUCUCAGUGCACAAAGGUGUGCACCGCCGACUACACCCCAGUAUGCGGUGCCCCAAAGGAAGGCAAAGGGAGCACGGUAACGUUCGGCAAUACGUGCGUGAUGGAAAAGUACAACUGUGAAUCACAGAAGAACUAUGUCACAAAACACACAGGAGAGUGCGAGGACAAGAGUCCGGUGCGCCUAUCAUGAGAGAACACGAUGAUUUGCAUGUGAGGCAUACGUGAACGAACAUUAUCAUUGGGACUUCCGAAAAAGUGCUAAUAAAAAGAAACUAUUUUAACAACGCAAACGAUAA